GAUUUAAUAGCCAUUUUGUCCCAGUUCCAUCAAGGCAUCAACUCCCGGUUACACCGCAACCAACAUAAGUGCUUUGUCAAGCCGUCAUAGGGAACCGGUGCACACAUUCCGCUUUUUAUCUAUUAUUUUAAACCUUCAAAGCACAAGAAUUAAAGAUGUUGAGGGCGGUGUCUCGGGUUGUCCCACAGAUGGUGAGGUCUGCGGCUGCAAACGCACCCAACAUGGUGGUCCGCCCUGCUGCUAUUUCGCUUGUACGCACAAUGAUGGAGGGAGUCGCCAAGGGCAAAAAAUUAAACCAGUUUCAAAAGUCGAAAUUGAAACGAAAGUUUGAUUUGUAUGAUAUUGAUGAUGAUGGAUUCGUGGAACGUGAAGAUUAUGACAAUUAUAUUGCAAAAAUCAAGGAAGCAUACGACUUGAAAGACGGGGACCCCCUUUUGCGUGCCUUCGAGAUGGAAUUCGAUGCACACUGGCAAAAAAUGCUGAAGUUUAUGGACGAAAACAAAGACGGACAACUUUCCAUAGAUGAAUGGCUUGACUAUUAUCCAAGCAUCACGUCAACUUCGAAGGCCAAGACCCCUGAAAAUCUGCCCACUUUCCUCCUUACGUUAGCAGACGCUUUUUUCGCGCUGAUGGACACUAAAAAGGACGGGUUCAUUGAUGCCGAAGAGUACAGUGAAUUUUGGACCAAAUUUGACAAACGCGCUCCUGUAGAUAUCGCCACAGCAAAAGAGCACUUGGCACAUUUAACCAAGAAUGGAAAGUAUGGUAUGGACCUUGCUCACUUCCGGGAAGUUUACGCCGACUACACGUGGUCAAAGGAUCCUGAUUCUUUCGGUCGUUAUGCAUAUGGACCUUUAGACAUUGCAGGUGACAGUGGAAGCGACAGCGAUAGCGAUUAACCUUUUGAGACACAUCGAAAGGAAAUAAACUUGUUGGAGAGGAAGCACGUACAUGUACUACAAAAUUGGUGGAUUAUUCAACGGAAUGUGAAACAUUGCAUAACUACGCCUUCCAAAGGACUUUUGUGAUUUUACUUCGAUUGCAACUAUUUCAUUUAAAGAUAGGGAUCAGAGAAUGUCUUUUUAUCUCGCCCUUUCGAGAACAUGAUAUAAAACCAAAUAUUUAAAAUAGAUGCACGUUGCGCAUGUCAGCGCAACCAUAUUUCCCUACCUCUGCUCGAGCCGCACACAAAGAACUUGUAUAAAAGCACAUGUCACCUAUGGUACAGGGACAUAUCACGAAUCAUUGAUUUUUCUUGCGGAUGUGAUUAAAAAAGAAACUGUAAAUAGUUUGCGUGCAAGAAAAAAAAACUUGUUUUUAAAGGUUUUUAUUCUGACAUUGAAUAUGGUACGUAGGUACCUUUCGCCGUUUUCAUCGGGUAGACUGAUUCAGCAAGAUGUACCUCAUCUAAUGGAUGUUUAUAUUUCGCUGGUAACGUUUCAGAACUUGGAAUACCGGUGUUAAACCAAAUCAGUAUACCUCAAUUUUACUGUUACACGUACACAUAAAAUAAAUUCUGUUCUGAACUUUAGGAAACGAAAAAUGGGAGGCGGUUACCAAGGACGUGUCUUUGAGUGAGAAUCCCCCCAAACAUACUAAGUAAUAUUUACCGUUUGUCUGAAUGUCUAUGCACAUGGUGGAAUAAAAUUUCAUUUACUUUUUAA